AUGCAUCUUGGUACAACAAUUCAUCUUUGGCAACUCCGGAAGACUCGCUAGCCGAGGAUGUUGUGCUAAAUCAAAGGAAACAUACCACUUUGGCAAAAGAGAUGCAGGACGGGGGCAGCCUCCCUGCCAUUGCCUCCCUGAACUCCUCCUACUCCACGUCGCUGACCCUCCCUAGCCCGUACCUCCUGCUUCCACCUGUGGCACGCAAAGCUGUCUCUGAUGUCCGACGCACCUUCUGUCUCUUUGUGACCUUUGACCUCCUUUUCAUCACACUUCUGUGGAUUAUAGAGCUAAAUGUGACCGGUCCAAUUUUGGAUAAUCUAGCAGAUCAGGUCAUCAGAUAUAAGUUCAAGUCUUCCUUCUUUGACAUAGUCCUCCUUGCCUUGUUUCGUUUCCUCUGUCUACAAAUUGGCUAUGCAGCGUUUCGGUUGAAACACUGGUGGGUUGUCGCGAUUUCAACUCUAGUGACCAGCGUCUUCCUCGUGGUGAAGGUCAUUGUAUCUGAACAGCUCUUGUCCAAAAACGCCUUUGGUUAUGUUUUACCCAUCACCUCGUUUGUGGUGGCGUGGUUGGAAACCUGGUUCCUUGACUUCAAGGUUCUCACUCAGGAAGCCGAAAAUGACCGAGCUUACCUAGCGGCAUCGAACGCUGACAGAGCUUCUAUGCUCUACUCCCACCCUGUUUCUGAUGGACAGUUCUACUCUCCACCUGAAUCCAUUGCAGACUCAGACGAGUAUUUGGAUGAGGAGGGUCGCAGGUACAGCGCUGCCACAUUUCAGGAGAAGGAGUACAUCAAGCAGGGUCAAGAGGCCAUGACUGUGUUGGAUGAGAUCCUCUCCCAGGAGGAGAACUGGAAGCUUGAGAAAAGCAGCGACACAGGAGACGCCGUCUACACUCUGGAGAUGCUCAACUACGGAAAGAUUUUUAUUCUGAAGGCCUUUAUGCAGUGUCCCCCGGAGUUCGUUUAUCAGGAGACAAUUAUGCAACCAGAGAAAAUAGCUGAGUGGACCAAAACAGUUAUUUCCUGCCAGGUCCUCCAGAGAGUUGACGACAACACUUUGGUAACACACGACAUUGCCGCUAGCGUGGGGGGAGGCAUCGUGUCUUCCAGGGACUAUGUUAAUGUUAGACGAAUCGAACGCAGACAAGACUGUUACAUUAGUGCUGGCAUAUCAACCAACCAUGAUGCCAGGCCGCCGAGUGAUCGCUGUGUCAGGGGAGAAAAUCGCCCAGGAGGAUUUGUGGUUCUGAAAUCCAGCAGUAACCCAUCUGUCUGCACAUUCAUCUGGGUCCUCAACACAGAUUUUAAGGGCCAUCUGCCCCGCUAUCUCAUCCACCAGGCCCUACCUUCCGGCAUGUUUGAGUUUGUGAGCCAGUUACGGCAACGCAUCGCUGACCGUAAUCCCUCCCUUUACCAAUUACGUUGUCCUCCUCAUCAACCAUGAAGCCUAAAGAAAGGCAGCCUGGGAGGCAGAACUCCUGAACUCCAGUCAUUAACCUGAGGAGUGGAGGCGUCAUCCUGUGGAGCUCCUCAGCUGAAGGGAUGCGCGGCCAGCUACCGUAACUGAACUGACUUUACCUGUAAGCAUAGGAGGCCAUAUUUCAGAUCAAACAGAGUGAUUUGGACAGAACAAAUGAUUAUCUUCAAACUAUUUUUUUCACAUUUGACUGUUACUCUGACUCCCACUAGGACAUGGGAUUUGUUCUGAGUUCAGGUGCGCCGCACUCUCUCUUUCAUGAGGAGAGGAUCUGUGAGAACUGUUGUCACAGAACAGAAGCAUCUCAAAACCUAUUGUUGUUUAUCGUUUAUUAAUUUGCUGCUUUUCUUUCUUUUUUCUGCACCUUCUUUACACCUUCCUGCCUACAUAUAACAGCCAUAUUCUUAUUAUUUAAAAAAAUACUGUUAUAGAUGAAGAGGAUGCACUAUUACCUGCUCACCACUAGAGGGCGACAUGACCAAUGUAGAUUGGGAAAUGGCUUAGUUUUUUUUCUGCAGUACAACAGUAAAAUCUGUUGUACUGCCCUGUUGUUCCAGGGUUUUUAACCAGUUUUUUGUGAUUUCCACAGUGAUAUCUUAAAGCUAAUUUCAGAUCAAAGGGACGAUUGUUCAGGCGAGCUAAAAGUAGAUCAGACAUCUUACUACUGCUGUCUUUUGUGCCAAUCACCUCAUGUGGCCUUGUUGGGGGCAGAAUAAUGAGCUGGAGUAAUUACAUGAUUUACUAAUAAAUUGAAGUUGCAAUUUAUUUCGUCAUGCGUGUGAGACAUGGAUCAAACUUUUCAUUUCUUCAAAACUCAGCUUGUAAUGAUGGAAAAACGUCCCCUUCAGCUUAGUGUUAUUAGUCUGCAUACUGGUGGUACCACGCUCCUCAAAAAUCAUCAUGGUUCAAAGGUAAUUGUCCUGAAAUGUGGGUAAAAAGUUGUGGGGUUCUUUUUUACAGAAACUUCAGUUAUUUUUCCUAAAGGAACACAUUUGUGGAUUUGACUUUGAGGAAUUUUGUUUUUGGAUGCUGCAAUUAAUAUAGGUGGAAAAAGAGCUGUGUAAGACGUCUGAAAUAUUUGGGUAAUAACAUUACUCAAAUGUAUUUGUUUUGACUUUUUAAGGUUCCAACAAAAGGAAUUUCAUGUGAAAAAAUGUAAACGAUGUGCCUUCAUUGCAGUAAUAUAAUAUACUGGGCGUAUUGCUUUUUUGUUCUUUUUUGUAUAUUUCCUCUGAUGGUCUGUUGAUGCACGAGAAGCCUGCUUGUUUACUUUUUCAAUAUUAGUUCGCAGAUCACUUUGUAAUUCAUUUUAACAUCAAACAUGUUAAUUCAAAGCCAUCACUACUGACCAACUGUUUUUACUGAAUCUUAAGUGUCUUAUAUGUAAUAAAACAUCAACACCUA